AUGGUGGCGGGUAAGGUGAAGGCGGCGAUAGGGUUCCAGAGGAGCCCAUCGACGCCGAAGCAGGAAGCGCCGAGAAGCUUUGCGUCACCGGCCUCGCAGAAGGCGGGGGGAUCCCAGCAGAAGUCCAGCGGGGCUGGACUGUCCCGCUCCUUUGGCGGCUACUUCCCUCGGUCCUCCGCGCAGGUGCAACCGCGGCCGCCUGAUGUCGAGCUUCUGCGUCUUGUGGAGGAGCUGCAGGAGAGGGAAUCCCGUCUUCGCACCGAGCUGCUGGAGCAGAAGAUUCUCAAGGAGACUGUCGCCAUUGUCCCCUUCCUUGAAGAGGAAAUCGUCUCUAAGAACGAUGAGCUGGAUCGUUCCAGGCGGAGGAUCGAAGCUCUGGAGGAAGAGAACGAAAGCCUCCGGUUCGAGCUUGAGAGCUUGCGCGCCGAAAUCUCCUCGUUGGAGGACACGAGGGAGACGGAGAUGGAGAAGAAAAUUAUGAAUAUGGAAGCAGAGAUAGAUGAGAUGAGGAGGCUAUUCUCGGAGAAGCAGAGGAGAGAAGAAGUGAGCCACCCGCCGGUCUGCAACGAGAUGGAGAAAUCUCAGGAGUGUUUUGCCUCGCGAGAUAUUCAGGGUCUGAUCGGCAUCCCAUCUAGCUCGAAUCUUCAAAUGAAUCAGCUGAAGUGUUCGAAAUCUCCCGACAAUGCUUGCGGCCAGGAGACUUCCAAGCCGAUUGAGACUUCAGAUCCUAAGGUCGAGGAAGGGGAGACAGAGAGGGCACUCCAGUGCAUCGUGGAGUCGGCCAUUUCAAUGGCCAAGUCUCGAGUUCCUCGGAUUCCAAAACCCCCGCCGACGCCUAGUUGUUCAUCAUCUUCUUUAGCGUCCUCUUCUUCGUCUUCUCCGUGUUCAUCUUCCGCAUCAUCCGAGACCGUGGACGUCUCGAACACAGCGGAACAGAAACCGAAGUUGUUACCUCCGGCACCUCCGGCACCUCCAGCACCGCCGCCGCCUCCCACGGCGGUGGCCGCCCGUGGAGCCGGAGUGCGCGCUCCGCCGCCGCCUCCUCCGCCGCCGCCGGUGAAGGGCUUCAGGUCCGGGGCCAGGGUUCACCGCGUCCCGGAGGUGGUGGAGUUCUACCACUCGCUGAUGAGACGGGACUCGAAGAGGGAAUCCGGCAGCGGCAUGUCGGAGGCCCCUACUGCAGUAAACGCGAAGAACAUGAUUGGGGAGAUCGAGAACCGAUCCUCCCACCUCCUCGCUGUAAGUUCUGUCAUCAUCUUCUCUCUCUCUCUCUCUCUCUCUCUCUCUCUCUCUCUCUCUCUCUCUCUCUCUCUCUCUCUCUCUCCACUACCACCACCCCACAACCCCCGACGCUCUGAAGUCCCUUUCCUUUGAGUUAGAAACGACGGACCCCACCUCCCUCAUCACUCAGAUCUCUCUCCUGCUCAACAUAGAACGACGCGCUGAACUACGCAGUAGGCCCAAAAUGUCCUGAAAAUUCAAACCAGUCCUCGUAAAUCCACCCUUCUUUACUUUACGGUGGCAUCAACUGCUUCAUCCCGGGGCUUAGGGUGUUGAAGCGAUGAACAGUUAGUUGGGCAGAUGUUUGAUAUUAUGACCCACAGCCGAAUUUAUUGCAGAGGCGCGGAGACAUGUGCCAUGGUGACGCUUUCGAUAAGCUUUCUUUCGCCAUUAACUUCUUUAAAGCUUUGCGUGUUCCUCCAAUGCAGAUCAAGACCGACGUGGAGACCCAGGGCGACUUCAUAAGAUUCCUCAUAAGGGAAGUUGAGAACGCCGCCUUCACCAACAUCGAAGAUGUGGUCACCUUCGUCAAAUGGCUCGAUGACGAGCUCUCCUUCCUGGUAUUAUACUUCAGAGUGUAUAUAAUCUAAAUCCUUCCCCGAUUCAGCUAAGGUCAAAUCUAUCCUUCCAAUCUAGUUUUCAUUAAUCCAGUCUUUUCGCAGGUGGACGAGCGGGCGGUGCUGAAGCACUUCAGCUGGCCGGAGCACAAGGCGGACGCCAUGCGGGAGGCAGCUUUCGGAUACAGCGACCUGAAGAAGCUCGAGUCGGAGGCCUCGUCCUUUCGGGACGACCCCCGCCAGCCCUGUUCCUCGGCUCUCAAGAAGAUGCAGGCCUUGUUGGAAAAGUACGUACUCUCCGAUUAAGUUAAUGGGCUAGGUGAUAAGAGCUAGCUCUCUCGGAUUCUCCUCCUGCUACGCGGCAAAGAUAAAAUAUCCUGAUCGAGCAUCGGCAGACUAGUUAUUACUUUCUUCCUGCCAAUAGACAACUAUCUCGCCGACCCUUGUCGAUCUGGAUCUAAUCUUCCUGUUCCGACACGUUGUUUCUCAGGCUGGAGCACGGGGUGUACAACUUAUCGCGUGUCAGAGAGGCUGCGAUCAAACGGUACACCGCCUUUCAGAUCCCCUGGGUUUGGAUGCAGGAAACCGGUUUCAUUACUCAGGUACACCUCCCUUUCAAGAACAUAUGAACUCCUCCUGCCUUUCAGACUCUUUUACUGCAAAUCCCCUACAGCUUUCCCGGCCUGAGUGUGAUGUGGAAUCCGAGAGUUGAGGGGGACUUGGGGGCCCUUGGUCCCCGUGGGCAUGUGAGAUAGUUGGAGAAUCUCUGGGUGCCAUGGAGAAUGGGGCCUAGAUUUGUCUAUAGUUUCUCCCGAUUUCUAUUAUUGGCUGCGAUUAUUUAAGCCAUGGGGCCGCAGAGUACUGCACAGCCUAAAGACGUUGUCUUGGACUCGCCUUCUUAUCUGUCAUUUUAAAUUGGUGAUUGGGGUCUACCGCGCAUGGGGGUGCUCGCCUCCGUUUCUAGUGCCCAUGGAUUGUUCUCGGCAAGAACUUGCGAUUCUGGCUGUUUCUUUUGUCUUCUCCUCUGAUGCCCGUCCCAGUUUAAAGUCAAUAAUGACACCUGGGGUCCAUCUCGUUUCCCUCGUUUGUUUGCGCCUCUUCCUUGGUUCAACUCCUUUUGAUAUCUUUUUGAUUCCUCUUUCUGUCCUCCCUGGCAUGAAAACCCUGUCUUAACUAUGAACGGAAGGGGCGGAAAGCGUUUCCCUCAAGUCUGGUGAUUACCCCACCCUCUCAUGCCAUCGCCUCGUCACAGACUUGUCUCCACCUACCCAAUAUUUUCCACUCACCUGCUCCAACUUUGCCAUCAGGACUAAAUACACCAAAUAAGCAACAAAAGCUAGAGCUUCCUCUUCACUUUUGUUCAUGAGGUCGGGGAGAUUUAACGGAGAAGUCUUUAAAUUUUAAAAUUCCUUUAGCAACCAAUGCCAGUUUGAUAAUGUUUUAAGCAACUAUUAUUAUUGAUCAUUAAUAUUUCUGUCGCUCUACCCAGUCUAAGUCUGCGCCAGGUUUUCAAUGGGUUUAUAUUAUAACUAGUGGAUUUGUGUCAAAAUUGUGAACAAGAUAACAACAGGCACCUCAACUUCUAAAUCGAACAUAUUGGGAAAAAUGCGAAGAUCGCACAUCUUAUAUGCUUAUUUGAUACGAUAAGAUCAUGCCCGUUCCCACCGUAGACAUUUACGGCAGGCUGCUAGGAUUAGACCAGGUUAAGCCUAAGAACUCCUUUAUCGAUGGAUGAGGAACAUAAUGGUUGGAGCUGUGCGACAUUCUACCAGGGGACUGAAUAUCCCUUUGUUCAUUGCUUCUUGGCUGUAAGAAAACGAUUGAUUGGGCCCUAUAUUUAGACUUUCUAAUCUCAGACUCGAAAUGUUACUUCCAGAUUAAGCUUGCAUCCGUGAAGUUGGCUAUGAAGUACAUGAAAAGAAUAGCCGCAGAGCUGGAAGCCAUGGGCGGGGCGCAGGAGGACGAGGAGCUCAUGCUCCAGGGGGUCAGAUUUGCCUUCAGAGUGCACCAGGUACCUGUUCCUUGCAUCUGAUGUCAAUGUCCUGAAUCUGAUGUCAAUGUCAACGUCCUUGCAUCUGACCUUACCUUCCCUCUGAACAAAAUUAAAAAAAAAAUCCAGUUUGCAGGUGGUUUCGAUGUGGAAACCAUGCGGGUUUUUCAGGUAUUCAAGGACAAAGCCCGCGGCUGCCUGAUGAAGGAAAACCAGAGCGACUCCCACCACCAGCUGAAGUCGGUCUGCAGGUCGACGUCUAGAUAG